AUGACAGAUCAUCAGGGGACAGACUUUUCUGCCUGCCGACUGCUUUCUGAACCACAUUCAGGCCCGGCAGACGUCCUGCCAACGGACUGUCGCGUACAGACUAAGUCUGGCUGCGACAGUGCCGACUCCGGCUGCGAUUUCGAUACGGAGUUGUCAACUGUAGUCCCAGACAUAUGGAAGGUCAACAGGGAAGCAGGUUCAAAGGUUUGCUUGGACGGGACGACCUCUGCUUCCUCUCCACCUAGCGCAAGUCACUCAACUUACACCUUCUCUUCGUGCUCAUCGGAAGAAAAAUCUUUCUGCAAACCGAACGGAGUCGGUGCAUUUGACACCUCCAAUCUCCUCGAACCUUCAGCUGACUCAUCCAAAGUACCCCUACUCAGCUCUCUUUCCAAUAUGGCUGCCUCAGAGACGCCCUCAAGUGGGAACCCGCAUGUUCCCAGACUCCAAUUUUUUCCACCGGCCGAACAUCAACGGCCCUCUAACCAGUCCGACUCUGGUGAACCCUUGCGUGGAACAACGUUUGCAAACACGCUGCAGGACAGUUAUGACGGCGAAAUGAGCUUCAUUACGGCUGGGUUGGCCGAUUUUCACCGACCUAGGGACGCUCGGUUCGACCAAAACUCUGCUGCGGCAGCAUCCGUGAGGCGAGCUACUGCAAGGACACAAAGGCGUGGGGCCAAACAAGCGAUGGGAAAGAUGAAAAUUCCCCACGCGUCGCCGAAGGAGAAUGAGUCUACCGCUAUCAUGAAGUCUCCUGCUGCUCCUGAUGUUCAGUCACCUGGGGCCUCCUACAAAUAUCUCUCCUGGAGAGAAAAAGAUAGGCGACGUCGUUUUCGGGAAGAAUGGAAGAACCUCUGGCUAGUUAUCCCGUACGGUUCUUACGAAGUGAGUUUUUCACCUCAGAACAUUUUUUUCUGGGGCCACUCCGUUUAA